UCACGUUACGUUCGCGAGCGUCGGGAAUUUGCGCGACAAAACACAGAAACGUGAAGUUUUACUAUUAUUAGCCAAAGACAGUAGACGCCAGGCAGCCAUUUUAAAUAUAUGUACGUAACUCACAGGUAGCUGCGGUUUCGUCCUUAAAAGAGAGGCGUAUGUGCGCAUUCGUAACACUGUCGCUUUGUUUUUAGGCGGCAAGGAAAAAGGCUGCUAUAUUAUUACCGGGCCCGUUACAAGGGUGAGAGUCAACACUACCAGGAGGAAACACGAUGUUCCGAUCGACACGACGAGAUUAAACUUAUCGCAGAAACUACCCGGAUGAAUGAACGCUGAAGGCCUCAGUGUGCUCGUGUGCAAAUGUGGCUAAAGUCAGCCGGUUGAGCUAACGGGACACUGACGCCGCUCCAAAGUCAAAAUGUUUGGUUCCUCGAGGUCUGGAGGGGUCCGGGGAGGCCAGGACCAGUUCAACUGGGACGACGUGAAAGUCGAUAAACACAGAGAAAACUAUCUGGGCAACUCUUUGAUGGCACCAGUAGGAAGAUGGCAAAAAGGCAAAGAUCUGUCUUGGUACUCAAAAGACAAAAAAGGUGGUGCAACCUUGUCGAAAGAGCAAGAACUCGCUGCUGUCAAAGCUGCAGAGCAUGAGGCACUGAUGGCUGCUCUAGGGCACAAGAAUAUAAAGAGGCAACCAACUGGCCUGACCAAAGAGGACCUCGCAGACGUUUGCAGGAGGGAAGAGGCAGAUGGUGAAGAGAAAAAUGUGGACCGUGUCUCAGGCUUGGGAAGCUCCAGCGCAGGGUCAAGGAAAAUGGUGCUCUCUCAAAAGGAAAGGGAGGCAGCUAAAAUAGGCUUGGCUGUUUUUACACACCACAGAACAGAGGGCAGUGCAGAAACCUCAACAACAAAGACAUCUCAGGGUGAAGAAAAAGGGGAUUUGGAACAACGGCACGAGAGCAAAAAGAAAAAGAAAGAGAAAAAGAGCAAAAAGGAGAAAAAGAAGAAGGAGAAAAAGAAGAAAAGGCAAAGGAGAGACUCGUCCUCUUCGAGGUCAGAUGACGACAGAAAGAGGCAGAGAAAGGACCACCAUCAUCAUAAUCCAUCAUACCAUAGUCAGAGUGGAGCCAGACCCCAUGACAGCCAUUCAAGGGGGGGAGCAAAGGCCGAGCGACAGCCCUCCUACCCCCAUCAUCGACGGCAGCGGCAUGACACAGACUCCUCUGACGGGGGGUCUCCUGUCCCCCGUAACCCUGUCAGCCACAAGACGGCCCCUGCUGGUACCACACAAAGCCACAGGCGGCGCCACGACACAGACUCGGACGACUAAUGUCCCCCGCACCCCACCCCAACCCCCCCAAUUCAAAGACGCACAGUGCGGACAGAGUGCUCUACAGCAGCUUGACUGGCCCUGAAGACCUCAUUUACCCCGAGCAGCUAAAGACAGGUCGAUGUGCGUGUGACUCACAGGCUUUGGCCCAGUGUUUUAACUUCUUUACCUAAUAACUUAGUCAAGCGAUCAUGAUGGGACACUGGUUGGGUUGUGUUGUCGUUUUAUAAACACAUUUUUUGUGAUUAAACCACCAAAUAUCACAUUUUCUAUAUUGUCUUUUUUUUAUCUUGCUGUUAAACACAAUGCAAGAUUAAAUGUUUUGCAAACCAAACAAUGAUCUUUUAUUUCCAUGCCUGGCCCUGGUAGCUGAUGCUGUUUGGGAAACCUUAGAGAAUUAAUUCAAAACAUUGCAAACAGAAAGAAGUGUGUUCCUUCGUGUGUUGUAAGAUUAUUCUUCGAAAUUACUUUCCUGACACUCAACAGCUUCAGUAAAAGAUCUCAAACUGA